CAUGCAUGUGCCACAUUCUUCAACAUAAUUCGGCGCAGGCAUUAUACAAUUAAUAUUUGCUUUAAAAAGGCGUAGGCUAUUUUAGGUACACUAAAGGGCCUAACAAAUAUGUAGCCCCUACCUACCCUAUUUGGCUAUCCACACAGAGAACCUAUAUCCUACGUGGUAUUAAGCACAAGCGAAUUUCGUUCACGACAACAUUGUUACAUUGUUACAGUACUGAACUUGGAAAUAUAACGCCGACUGUCGUGGGAGUGGCUUUUUAUUUGUCUUAGACAACGCUUCAAAUGUUUCCCUUUAAUUGUUGUCUGUUUUAUGGCCGCUGAUUUGGACAAGCAGGGUUAUGCCGUGGCAAAAGCCGUGAGACCCCCCCACCUUUCGGGGCCGACUUUGUUUGCGCUGGCCGGGGCUGUGUGUGAGUGAGUGAGAGAAGGCGAGCGCAGUAUAGUCCCUUCCCCCCAACUCUCUGGUGAAACAGGAACAACUUUUUUUAGGAUAAAAAAGUUGCUGGAGUUUGGAGCGCCCUGGAGUACUGAGGCCGCCAAAUACUAGCCAGUGAGACGCUGAGAUUUCAGGGGGGGGGGGGGCACUGUUUCGGGGUCUUUCGUUUGUUUCACUCGUUUGCAAACCUAGCCUACGGUUAUGUUAUUUGACGGUGUAUUUAUGGCUGGCAAUGUCAUGCGGUAGUAGACUAGCUAUACAGUUAUAGGUCUACAGUACUUGAAAUCAAGUGAUAGCACUGAGGAUGCCCGAUAUGUAAACUAACCAAGGCCAGAUAGGCCUACACGAUUAAGUGGUGUUGAAUGUGUGUGUCAACGGCCACAGUCCUGCUUGUUUUCGUUUCUCCCAGUCACAUAAUUGAUUAAUUAUUGUUAUUGAUUGGCUAGAGUCCAAACACCUGGUUACCCUGAACCCUAAUAUGUCUGAUAGCAACAAUACGAACCAGUAGACAUACGCUGCCCCUUCUGGACUGAAGUCUUCUCUCUUCUAGUCCAGUGUUUACCACCAACCCGGAGUGCUUCUUUUGUUCCAGCCCAGCACUAAUACACCUGAAUCGGCUCAUCAAAUCAUUUUAUUUGUCACAUGCGCUGAAUACAGGUGUAAACCUUAGAGUGAAAUGCUUACUUACAAGCCCUUAACCAACAAUGAAAUUCAAGAAAUAGAGUUAAGAAAAUAUUUACUAAAUCAAUUAAGGAAAAAAAAGAAACUAACACAAGAUAAUUACAUAUCAAUAACAAGGCUAUAUACAGGGGAUACCGGUACCGAGUCAAUGUAUGGGGGUACUGGUUAGUCGAGGUAAUUUGUAAAGUGACUAUGCAUAGAUAAUAAACAGCUAGUAGCAGCACUGUAAAAACAAAUCGGAUGGGGUGUGUGUGUAUAUGUAAAUAGUCCGGGUGGCCAUUUGAUUAAUUGUUUAGCAGUCUUAUGGCUUGGGGGUAAAUGCUGUUAAAGAGCCUUUUGGUCCUAGACUUGGAGCUCCGGUUUCGCUUGCUGUGCAGUAUCAUAGAGAACAGUGUAUGAAGUUGAGUUGUAAGAGCUCUGGGCAAGAAGAAAAGUUUCAACACCCCUUAGGUCUCCAGGAUCAGGGUUGGAGACCAUUUAACCAUUGAGCUAGGCUAGGCUAGUUCUAGAGAGGGGAAACUAAUUCCUAGAUAGAAUGUAUUCUACUAAAGAGGGGCUGAACUAGUUCACAUUUGAAGAAUUGGCGCUGUUGUAUCGUUUGUGGCAGUGUAACAUGUCUUUAUGCAACAGACGGUUAUUGGAUGAGUAAAAAACUCUGUCUCUCUUAGGUGUGUGUUUGGCUGCGGAGACCUGUGUCUGUGAGGGUGUUGCCAGUGACUGAGCAAGGAUCAGCUCCUGUGUUCAGGUGGCUUUGUCUGAGUGGGAGGAGUCAGGGUUCAAAGGUUGUGGCUCUGGGGACCCAAGGGCUGGAUCUCCAUAUGAGGCCCUGCUGAGAGGGCUGGAGACCUACUAAGGUUUUGGGGUCACACACGCUUCUCUUCCCGGUGCAGUGAUGGCCACAUCUGUAUCAUGACCCUGAUGGACAUGAGUGCCCAAGGGCUGUGAGAGCCCCUUGGGGAAACCUCAGGCACAAACACUCUCUUCCUCAUACAGAAGCACUCUCUCUCUCUCUCACAUACACACACUUAUUAAAACAAACACACACACAGAGCAUGUUGGAGGUCCAGGAGGAGAGGCCUGCCGUGGCAGGAGGGACGGCAGCGACACAUUUCAGCAAGAAAGAGCGAGGGAAGAAAGAACGAGAGGAGGCCAAGGACGGCCGGGGGAAUCUUGGGAAUAUCGGGAACAGUGCUCCUGGUUCGGGUGGCCGAGGGAACGGCAGAGGGAAAGCCCCUCACCCACACACAGGCAGCCCCCACCAGCUCAUCACCCCACCCUGCUCUGUGGUGCUGGGAGCCCCCUCCAUUCAUCACAACAGACUGAAGAACUCCCCAUCCACCAACACACAGAGUCCUAAACCCAAGUCAGAGGUAAUGGUGCGCUCCCCUCCAGUCAUGUCCCCCUCCGGUGGCGCCGCCCAGAUGGACUCCAAAAUUCCCAAUCAGAGCAAACCAGGAAGCGCCGGCAGCCAAUCACAGGCCUCGCCAUGCGACCCCAAGACAGUGGGUGGUAAGGGCUCCCAGCAGGGCGGCAUGUCAGGGGUGGGUCCAGGAGGUAUGGGGGGUCUGAAGAACGGCCAGGGCCUGAACUCUGGGGGACAGGGGACAAAGGUCAAGGUGAAGAGGGAGAGGAGCACCUCAGUGGAGUCCUACAACGAGCAGCAGCCAGGCACAGCCACGCCCACCAGCGACGACAAGGACAGUAACAGGGUGAAGAGGAUGUGUGUAGCUGAGAGGAGGCAGCCCUACAGUGGAGCUGACUGGUGUUCUGGAGGAGAGAGUGAUGAGGACGACAAAGGAUUCUUCAACUGUAACUCCAGUGACGUGAAGCCCCAGGACUCCAACUCCCAUCCUCCCCCCAACGCCGGACUCAGCCGCUCCUCCACACCCUCCCACAAUGCACUAGGAGGCCAGGGCGCAGCGUCGGAGUCGGCGGGUGGUCAGAAGGCUGGGUCUAAAGUGGUUUACGUCUUCACUACAGAGAUGGCCAACAAGGCUGCUGACGCUGUUCUAACAGGCCACUCAGAAAACAUCAUCAACUUCCACAUGAGAAACAUCUCCAACAGCAAGGACAAGAUCCCCCUCCCACCCCUGAACGAUCAGGCAGGACCCCUCCGAGGUGACUCCAAGCCCUCCCAGCAGUCCUCAUCUCAUUCCUCAGACAAGAACCACCAGACAGGGUCUAAACCUGGCCUGACUGAUCAAGCACCACCCCAGGCCCCUCCCCAGGGGGUAAAGCCUGGUUCACUCACCCAGGAUGGGGCCUCCUCAGCAGACAUGGACCCCAAGAACCUCCAUGGCAGCAGCCCUGGUAAUACCAUGGGUCCAGGUGACCAGACCCCUGGGUGCCAGCCCCAGUCUGAGCAGGGCAUGCCUCCUCUGAACCCCCCUCAGCCUGGUGAAGGAGGAGGGCUGGGGCCCAUAGGGAUGGGUCAGCCUGGUCUGACUCCCCAGCAGCAACAGCAGCAACUGGCCCAGGAACUUCUCAACAUGGAGGCCAACACAGAGGGCCUGUCCCAGGAACAGCUAGAGCACCGCCAGCGCUCCCUCCAGACCCUGCGAGACAUCCAGCGCAUGCUCUUCCCUGAUGACCGCGAUGCCCCACCGCCACCCGGUCCUAUUGGGGGACUCCCCCAGUCCCACGACGGCAUGCCCGAUGGGGGGCCCAGGAGGCCGGAGCAGGGCCCUCUCCAGGCCAUGAUGGCCCAAUCCCAGAGCCUAGGUCCACCAGGGGGUUCGGGAGGGUCCCGACCCCAGGGAACCCCAUUUGGCCCCUCACAUGGUCACCCCAGAGACAUGCCCCCUUUCCCAGAUGAGCUGGGGCACAUGAUGGGUCCUGGAGGGUGUGGGGAUGGAGAUCACAUGACCCCGGAGCAGGUGGCCUGGCUGAAGCUGCAGCAGGAGUUCUACGAGGAGAAGAAGAGAAAACAGGAAAUGCAUCACCGCCCACUUCCUCCCGACAUGAUGAUGCACACCCACGGGCCGCGCGGCAUGAUGCGAGGGCCCCCACCACCCUACCAGAUGGGCCCCGGAGAGGUGUGGGUUCCAGGGGGGCCGGGAGGGCCACCAGAGCACUAUCACGAUCGCAUUGCCAUGGGCCCCAGAGGGAUGCUUCCUCACAUGCAGAGGAUGCCUGGGUUCCCCCAGGGCAUGAUGAACCCUGACAUGGAGGGACCCCCCAGGCCUGGGAUGGGCUGGCCUGAAGACAUGCCCCCGAGGAUGGGGGACGGCCGGGGGUUCCCAGGAGGGCCAGGGGGUAUGUUCGGAGGUCCAGGGGUGCGGGGAGAGCGCUUCCCCAACCCCCAGUCAGUCCAAGAGGCCAUGUUUCACCAGGGCAUGGGGGGCGACAAGGGACCGGGCCUUCCUCCGCAGAUGAUGAUGGAGAUGCAGAGGAUGAUGGGACACCAAAGAGGCGGCAUGGAGCCAGGAAACGGGGGCGGGAUGAUGUUUCCCAGGAUGCCCGGCGAGGGCCCCAUGAGCCCCUCUUCCAGACUGGCUGUGAUGGGGAGCCGGGACAUGGGCCCUGAGUUUGGCAUGGGCCCCCAUGGGAACCCCCAACUACGAGAGGGGCCUAUGAACAUGAGCCCAGAUGAGAUGAUGAGAAUGAGAGGGCAUCCAAUGGACAACAUGGGGCCCCAGGGAAGGCAGAUGCACUUCACAGACCAGCCCCAGCCAGGGGACUUCCCCAUGGGACCCGCACGACCCUUCCCUGGUGGUCCUGGCGGUAUGAGGGGCCCUCAUGGAGAGCAGGCCUAUGCUGGCCCGGAGCACAGGACCACCCCUACGGGGGGCAAUGGCCGCCUCAACCACCACCCGCCCUCCGCCGGACCCCCCCAGGGCCAGAGGGGACGUAAGCCUGCAGAGCUGAUCAUCCAGCCAGGAGGGGGCAGCUCACCCAGUAUUAACCCCCUCAAGUCCCCUCCUUUGAGGCAGGUGCAGUCCCCCAUGAUGGGCUCUCCCUCUGGGAACCUCAAGUCCCCCCAGACCCCCUCCCAGCUGGCUGGUAUGCUCUCCGGCCCUCCGGGACCCAAUGGCCCCCCUAACACUGCCAACCCGGCUCCCAUGAAGUCUCCCCACUCUAUGAUGGGGUCUGCUGGUGCCUCCCCUGUAAAUAUGAGGUCCCCGUCCCUCCCCAACCCUUCUCCAGGGUGGGCCUCUUCCCCCAAACCCCCCAUGCCCAGCCCAGGAAUCCCUCAGCAGCAAGGGGGUAAAACCCCCCUCAGUAUGACCUCACCUAACAUGAUGGGAAAUAUGGAGCAAGGUGGUAAUGGCCCCCUCUCGGCACCCCCCUCGUCAGGAGCCCAGUCUGGCUCCAUGCCCCUCCAGGGGGGUCCAGGCAGCGCCCCGACCGGCAGCCCUUACUCCCUACCCCCCGAACCUACGCUAUCACAGAACCCCCUCUCCAUCAUGAUGUCACGCAUGUCCAAGUUCGCCAUGCCCAGCUCCACCCCCCUCUACCAUGACGCCAUCAAGACCGUGGCGAGCUCAGACGACGACUCGCCCCCUGCUCGCUCCCCGAACCUGCCCUCCAUGAACAACAACGGUAUGGGAAUGAACCACCACCAAGGUCCUCCUCGUAUGAUGGGCCCCGGCUCCUCUGGCCCCAUGCCUGUCCUCAGUCCCCUGGGUAUGACCCCCAUGGGCUCACAGCCUCUCUCCCACGGCAUGCCCCAGCAGAUGCCCUCCCCAAACCCCCCCAACAUGGGCCCUGGCCCGGGCAUGAUGCCUCAUGGCAUGAUGAUGCAUCCCAACCCCCAGGACCAAGGCAUGGGCAACCCCCAGAUGAUGCCCCAGGGGCGCAUGGGUUACCCCCACCGAGGGCAGGGUUACCCCCUCCCCCAGUCCCCCUCCCAGCAGGGCGCCUACUCCCCCCACAACGGCCCUGUGCCCCAGGGCUUCCCAGGACACCCCAUGGGCUUCCAGGGAGAAGGGGGUCCCAUGGGGAGUCGGAUGGGGAACAUGCCUCCUGGAGGUGGAGGCGACGGAGGUAGGCCCAACAACCCUGGAGGACCACAGUUCAACAUGCACGGAGAGUUCAGUGAUGCAGACCUGCAUGAGGUGAUGCGAACCGGGGCGUCCGGUAUGCCAGAGUUUGACCUGUCCAGGAUCAUCCCAUCAGACAAGCCCAGCCAGACGCUGUCCUAUUUCCCUAGGGGAGGAGGAGAUGGCCCCGGCCCAGGGGGGAAACCUCCACACAUGCAGGGAAUGAUGCAGGGGAUGAUGGGGGAGGGCCCCCCAAGGAUGGGCAUGCCCAUGCAGGGGCUGGGGGGGAUGCCCGGGGGGCCGGGAGGCACUAUGGGCCCCCAGGAUAUGCCCAUGGGAAACCCUUCCCAUAAUCCUAUGCGGCCACAUGGGCCCCCAGGGUUCAUGGGUCAGGGCAUGAUGGGACCUCAGCACCGGAUGAUGUCACAGGGGGGUCCAGCGGGCAUGAUGCAGGGAAAGGAGAGGGGAGUACUCUACAACCACCCUGGGCCUGGGAGGUCGCCCAACAUGAUGAUGUCUCUGCAAGGCAUGGGCGUCCCCCCCCAGCAGACGGCGAUGAUGAUGAUGGGCGGGCAGAUGAGGUCGCGUGGCAUGGACAUGGACAUGGGAUUCAGCCCAGGGCCUGGAAUGUUCUAACACACAACUCAUAGACCCAUGGACCUCGAAUGUUGUGAGCUCAUAUACAGAAUGUGGAUGGAAUGUGUCACAGCAGAAAAGAGAUAGAUGGAUUAAAACAUAGAAAGUAAGGAAUGACAGACAGAGAUUGGUACUCUGGCGUGAACCAUGUAUGGGAGAGGAGUGAUGCCGGUAAUGGCUUGUGGAGUCUACAUAGCCCAGUACUUGUCUUUUGCCACAAGCAUUUAAUUUGCUCCCUUCAGAAAUGUCUGAAUGUAUGGGAUUGUUGUGCUUCAAUGUCACAAUUAAACUGUUCCUCAAGUGUUUUUUUGUUGUGUUAAAUCUCUGACUAUAAGGUUUGAGUGUCGAAGAGGAAUGAGAUAAACCACCUUGGAGGACUGUACAGCUAGCUGUAUAUCAACUUUUUCAAAUCAGUAAAAAAAUCAACAACGGAUUUUCCCAGCAAAGGAUAAGGAACUUAAAAAUGGAAUAAAAAGACUUUGUGAAAUAAAAUCGUAUUUUGUGAAGAUUAAUGGAAAUCUAUCUUCUCUAGCUCCAUCGUUUUGACUAUUUCUGUCCUGUGUGUGUGUGUGUGUGUGUGUGUGUGUGUGUGUGUGUGUGUGUGUGUGUGUGUGUGUGUGUGUGUGUGUGUGUGUGUGUGUGUGUGUGUGUGUGUGUGUGUGUGUGUGUGUGUGUGUGUGUGUGUGUGUGUGUGUACGAGCCUGCGACGGUGUGUGUUUUGUGUUGUAAGUAUGUAUAGGGAUUCUAUCAGUGACCUCUAAGCUCUCUUACCCAUCUUUUCAUUGGGGGAGGAACGCCACUCUAAAGAACAGUACUGUUUACCAUUGGUGGGAUAUUUUCAUUUUUGUCUUUUAAUUUCCUUUACAUCCAUUGUAUAACAAACCAAACUAUGACCUCAUAGAGAUAAUGGUAUUAUUAAAAAAGCACAAAGAUUGA